AUGUCGACAAGUCAAAGAAGUGAGAGUAUGAACAAAUUUUUUAAAGAUUAUUUGAAUUCUAGUACUCCAAUGAGUGUAUUUGUGGUGCAAUAUGAUAAGGCUAUUGACGCUAGAUAUGAUAAAGUAAGGGAGAAGGAUUACAAGACAAAACAUUCAAGACCUAUCUUGAAAACUUUGUAUCCUAUGGAAGAUGAAGCAGCGAAGGAAUAUACAAGAAAAAUGUUUCAGAUUUUUCAAGAAGAACUAAUUCAGUCUCAAAAAUUUAUCGCCGAAAAGAUUGAGGUCAAGGAUGGAGCAAACAUCUAUAAAGUACAUCAGCUUCAAAGACAAAGGCCAGCAUAUAUCGUUAGUCUAGAUCUUGCAUUGAAAAGAGCUGUUUGUUCAUGUCACAAGUUCGAGUUCAUGGGAAUUCUAUGUAGACAUGUACUAAUGGUAUUUAUAAAAAAACAGAUUCACUCACUUCCAAUGUAUUAUUUAUUAGAUCGAUGGACAAGAAACGCAACCAAAGAAAAAGCUAAUGACCCCUCAAACGUAACACAAACUUUGAAACCUUCUACUUUGUGGUUUAAUAACAUUAUGAUGCAUUCUAUUGGGUUAUCUGAACGAGCUACAAAGUCUGAAAAACAUUAUCAAUUUGCGCAUCAAAGAUUAUUGCAAUUGUGUGGAGAACUUGAUGAGCUUUCUUAUGAAUCUGAGGAAGAUUGUGUAUCAGGUGGUCAAGUUAGUGAGAAAGAUCAGGAAAUAAACUCAUGUGAACAAAGUCAAGAUGUUACUUUGCAUGACCCUCCGGUAGCAACAACUAAAGGGCGCCCGAGAUCUUUGAGGAUGAGAGGUUUUCUAGAAGUUACUCAGAAGACCAAAAAAGUUUCGUCUCCAAAAAUUAAAAGAAGAUCUUCUCAAAAGCAAAAAAAGCAAACGAAAAGUGUGAAACUUAAGAGAAAGGAAACAAGUUCAAACAUUAAUGCUUAUUCAGAAUUUUAUCAAGAAUAUGUUGAGAACGCUGGUUGUGCUUAUGCCACCUCAUUUACAGCCCCUGUGAUACACCAGAUGUUGUUGAGCUUUUUCUCUCUUCCUCCUCUCUCACCAGCUGCUAAUAGUCAGUCUAUGAAUUUUCUCUUCAUUUCCAAAAUGGCACCAGAACAAGUACAAAGAUCUGGACAGAAACAAGAUGGCUACAACUUUAUCGUCCUUCACAUUCCAAUGGGUCGUGUCCAAGCAAACAACAUUGAUGACCUAGCUCGUUUGGCUGAUGAGUAUGGUUCAAGAGAGCUCCGAUUGACUGUGGAACAGAACAUUAUUAGUACUACUAGUAUCCAGUUUUAUGGACAAGACAAAAGUAGUUCGUUGAAUAUAACUAAAGAAGUUCAAAAGCAAUCAUCUCUUAUGAGGCUAGCACGGAAGCACUAG